AUGGAGGUCCUGCAACGACCAAGUGCAGAUGAAAGUGAGGAAGGUGUUCUCUACAUUGACAUGGUCGACGAUUGGAGAAUGCCAAUGCUAAAGUACCUACCUAGUCAAGAGCUCUCAGCAGCACCUUUAGAGACCAAGAGGUUGAAGACCAAUGCGGCCCACUUCACGGUUAUCGGCCAAGAGCUAUACAAGAGAGGGUACUCCGCACCACUGCUAAAAUGUUUGGGGGCCCAAGAGGCAGAGCAUGCUCUGGAAGAAGUGUAUGAAGGAGACUAUGGUAAGCAUCUCUGUGGGAGAGCAUUAGUUGGAAAGAUCCUAUGGGCCAGUUUCUUUUGGCCCACCUUGAGGCAGGAUGCAACUCGAAAAAUGGCACCUAAGAGGCAGACUCGUUGGCCAAUUGGAUCCCUGUUACGUAGUACAGAUUCACACCACAAUGAUUCACAAUCAGUUUCAUCCCAUCAUCCAACCCCAAACCCAGUCCCGUCACAUCCCCAACAUCCUGAAGAGGACUUGAUCCACUCACAAUUCAACCCCCAAGACUCACAUAAUCAACAAGGUACAAGCUCCAUGUCAUCUACUGCCAAGAAAGGAAGAGGAAUAUCAAGACAAAUUUUAAAAUGGGGAAAGGAAAAGAUUCAUAUUGAAUUUGAUGCUGAAGGACAACCAAUUGGGGAGAUGGCAAUUAAGUUGGAAACCCAAUUAGGUGUGAUGGUAAGGAGUAUUGCUCCCCUUACAUUUACUGAUUGUAAAUCACCAGGGAUGGAACCAUAUAAGGAGUGCAUCUGGCAAGAGGUCUUGGAUAACACUGAUGUGCCCACAACAUGGAGAUCAAUUUGCUUGCAACAUGCUUCCAAGAAGUGGAGAGAGUACAAAGCCACCUUGAAGAGGCAUUAUGAUUGCCAUGAGACAGAUGCGGCUCGUCUAUCAAAAAUACCGCCUGGGGUGGACCCGGAACAGUGGAAGGUUCUUGUGGAGUAUUGGGGAUGUGAGCAAACACAGGAACGUAGUGCGACAAAUCGUGCCAAUCGAGAUAAGCAAAAGAUGGGUCACACCAGUGGUAGGCAAUCACAUCCUCAAGUUAGACACCAGAUGACUAUUGAAAGUGGAGAUGAGCCAGAUAGAAUCAAGCUUUUUAAACAGACACACACCAAAAAGAGCGGAGAGAUAGUAGACUCUACAUCUUUAUAUAUAAUCGAACAAAUGGAUGAAAGGUUGUCACAAAUACCUGUUGAUGAACAAACCCCAGAUUCGCUAGAGGAUGUCUUUACUCAAAUACUAGGCAAAGAUGGGCAUGGCAGGGUACGGAUGGGAGGACUUGGAACAUGCCCAACUAAGGUAAGACAAAGACAACAGUAUCAAGUGCCCCAAGAACAGUAUGACCAAAUGCGUGCGCAAAUUACUGCCGAACUAGAAGAAAAAUUUCAAGCUCAAAUCCAAAGUCAAGUUCAAAUGCAAGUUCGUGCAAUACUUGAGGCAAUGGGACAUACACCACCGGCUCAAGACAAUACACCACAACCGAGACAGCCAUCCUCAUAUGCUAGUACUUCUGCCGCACAUACAAGCACACCAUCACCUGAAGAUGAAUGCGUUUGAUUAUCGACACCAGAAUGUGGUCAUCAUUUAGAGGCAAUUGACCGUGACCUUUAUGA